AAAGGGAAGUUUGAAUUUCAGAAGUGUGAGAAGAUCUGAGAAUGAGAGCAAGUUUACUGACCAAAGCCAAGAGUGUGAGAAAAGACAUGCAGGGAAGGAUGACCUCAACAAAUACACCCACACACUCUGGUGUAAGACCUCAUGAAAGUCGGGAGUGUGGCAAAAGGUUUAGUAAUAGGAGUAACCCCAAACAUCACACCCUUACACACACUGGUGCAAGAAACCAUGAGUGUGAAGUUUGUGGGAAAUGUUUCAAUCAGAAGGGUACCCUCAAAUUACACACCCUUACACACACUGGUGAAAGAAAUCAUGAGUGUGAAGUUUGUGGGAAAUGUUUCAGUCACAAGGGUAACCUCAAAUUACACACUCUUACACACACUGGUGAAAGAAAUCAUGAGUGUGAAGUUUGUGGGAAAUGUUUCAGUCAGAAGGGUAACCUCAACACACACACCCUUACACACACCAGUGCAAGAAAUCAUGAGUGUGAAGUUUGUGGGAAAUGUUUCACUGAGAAGGGUAACCUCAAAUUACACACUCUUACACACACUGGUGAAAGAAAGCAUGAGUGUGAAGUUUGUGGGAAAUGUUUCAGUCACAAGGGUAACCUCAAAUUACACACUCUUACACACACUGGUGAAAGAAAUCAUGAGUGUAAAGUUUGUGGGAAAUGUUUCAGUCUGAAGGGUACCCUCAAGAAACACACUCUUACACACACUGGUGAAAGAAAUCAUGAGUGUGAAGUUUGUGGGAAAUGUUUCAGUCUGAAGGGUACCCUCAAGAAACACACUCUUACACACACUGGUGAAAGAAAUCAUGAGUGUGAAGUUUGUGGGAAAUGUUUCAGUCGGAAGUAUAACCUCAAAUUACACACUCUUACACACACUGGUGAAAGAAAUCAUGAGUGUGAAGUUUGUGGAAAAUGUUUCAGUCGGAAGGGUAACCUCAAAUUACACACUCUUACACACACUGGUGAAAGAAAUCAAGAGUGUGAAGUUUGUGGAAAAUGUUUCAGUCGGAAGGAUACCCUCAAAUUACACCUUGUUACACACACUGGUGAAAGAAAUCAUGAGUGUGAAGUUUGUGGAAAAUGUUUCAGUCAGAAGGGUACCCUCAAAUUACACCUUGUUACACACACUGAUGCAAGAAGUCAUGAGUGUGAAGUUUGUGGGAAAUGUUUCAGUCAGAAGGGUACCCUCAAAUUACACCUUGUUACACACACUGAUGCAAGAAGUCAUGAGUGUGAAGUUUGUGGGAAAAGGUUCAAACUGAAGAGUAUAUUGGACAGGCACGUCUUCAGACACUCUGGUCAUAAAGGGUUCAAGUGCGAUGUUUGUGGGAAACGUUUCAUGACUAAGGGUGAGAUUGUCAAGCACAUGAAGGUCCACUUCUCCUGAGGUGCUGUGCUGAUUCAGUUCUGCUGUGUGUCCGUGGUGUUAGUGUCAACUCGUAGGAGACACCACGGGUUCCUAUAAGAAUUGGCGGGUUGUCCAACCCCACCCCAACAAGAACCACCAAUAAUAUUCACGAAUCAUGUGCGAUUGAAAGUAAUGUUAAAAAUAUGAUAAUAUAUCAAUAUGUUUAAGUGCAAACGAAAAAUAGUGUACAUCAUCGUAAGGAAGAGAUUAAGGUGUUUAUUAGAGUGCGCGUUCGGGCUCCCUUAACCCCGUUGACACUGGUGAGUUAUGGGUCUGUUUAGUGUUUACAUUGUUCACCCGCACCGGGACGUCCAUCACCCCUUCAAGGUUUACAUCAUUUUCACAUGGUAAGUACAACAUUUAAGUAAUUUUUGAAUGCAUAAAAACACCAAGCUUUAGUAAUUCUUGGUCAGAACCAUGUUAUAUGCUCUUGCGCUCUAUCAAGCUUGGGCCAGCUGGUACAUCCCGCCAGUUUCAGUAAAUAAUUAUUCCAUUGCAGGCAUUUGCGGUAUAUCUGGAACUCCUCGAUCUUGUGGGUCAAGUUGAGGAGGUGAGGCUUCCCAGAGUUGUUCCCAGAGACCGGCAAAACCCAUUCACCUGUCUCUCUGAGGAGGACUUCAUAGAUCGCUACCGUCUCUCACCAGCUUGCACACUCCAACUGCUUGAGAAUGUACAGCCCCAACUACCCAGAGCACGAGAUGGCAGAGGCUGCAGUGUUCCUGGUCACCUGCAGCUUCUUGUAGCAUUACGCUACUUUGCCAGCGUGAACUUCCAGUUAACCAUGGCAGACUGUUUGGAGAUGUCUGCUUCUUCAGUCUGCAAAUUUGUUCACCGCAUAGCUGUUAUACUAGCACGCAUGUCACCUGAUUACAUCAAGUUUCCUGAACCUGCCAAUACACGUCAGGUAGCAGAGGACUUUCAUGCUGUCGCUGGCAUGCCUGGUGUCAUCGGCUGUAUUGAUGGAACAUUGAUUCCAAUUGUGAGUCCUGGCGGAGACACUGCAGAAUUAUACUGCUGUAGGAAGGGUUACCUCGCCCUAAAUGUCAUGGCAGUUUGCGAUGAAAAAAUGCGUUUCACUAAUGUCAUUAGUAGUUGGCCAGGAAGUGUCCAUGACAGCCGCAUUUUUUAUGAUUCUAGGCUUUGUCAGAAAUUAGAAUAUGAAGGUUACUCAGGUUAUCUUUUGGGAGAUUCAGGGUACGCAUGCAAGUCUUACUUGUUGACUCCGGCACUGGAUCCCCAAACUGAACAAGAAAACAGAUAUAAUGCAUCACAUAUACGCACACGCAACACUGGAGGAAUCUGACAAAUAAAUAUUAUUUUUGUAUA